AUGUCUAAUUUGUGUAAAGUAAUUGUUCUCCUACCUUUUCUUUUGACCUUCGUUUUGGCGAGGCUCCCUUCCCUCGAUCCUGUUGAGGAAGGAAAAUCAAUCAAUUUCCAUGCGCGUUAUGAUAAGUUCACCUCCGACGGCAAUGGAUCCGAGAAUCAGGAUGACAAAUCGGAUCCCGGUAACGAUAAGAAGCAUGGUGGGAUCACCUACGGUGGCGAUGGAUCUAAGAAUCAGGAUGACAAAUCGGAACCCAACGACGAUAAGAAACCCGUAAACAGAGACGACAAGGAGGAGGGAGGAAAAGAAAAUGGGUUUGAGGGUGAACAUAGAUUCCCAUUCCCGUUCCGGUUCCCAUUCCCACAAUUUGGCAACCACGACGAACCACCAAAGGAAGCGAAAGAAUCGGAUACUGCCACUGCCAACAGGCCGGAUUUAGAGACAAACUUCCUAGGUUCAUGGAAGGUGGAUAAUCCAAAUUCUGGUGUUUCAGCCAUGCACGUACAAUUGUUACCAAAUAACAAGGCUGUGUGGUUCGAUACCCUGAACCUCGGUAAAUCGGACAUCCUGGCCUAUCCUCCAGCAUGCCGCAGGCUUGUUGGAGGGAGAAAGGGUGAUAAAGGACUCGACUGCACUGCUCAUGCCAUUCAAUACGAUGUAGAGACAGCCCAAGUCAAAACCAUGAAGAUGGAAAAUGAUCCAUGGUGCUCAUCAGGAGCUAUGUCACCAAACGGAGCCCUAGUCAGUACAGGUGGUAAUCAGGAAGGAUUUCGAGCCCUCAGAGUUAUCAAUCCAUGUGAAAACUGCGAGUUUCAAGAAAAUCAAGCAGCACUUUCAGCCAAUAGAUGGUAUGCUACACAAAUUAUGCUCGAAGACGGUAGCUUUGUUGUGAUUGGUGGUCGCGGCGCACACAACUAUGAAAUAAUUCCAUCAGAAGAACUGAAUUUUCCGAUACAACAAUAUGGCUUACCCUUCCUUGAGGAAACGAUGGAUGAGAAAGAGAAUAAUCUCUACCCAUUUGUUAAUCUACUUCCAGAUGGGAACAUUUUUGUAUUUUCAAACUACAAAUCCAUCAUCCUCAACCCUUACACUGGAGAAACCCUUCACAACCUCCCCGACUUGGCCGGUGGUUCCCGGAACUACCCGGCUUCAGGAAUGUCAGCACUACUCCCGAUCAAUCUUAAUGUAGAAAACCCAGAAAAAGUGGAUGUUGAAGUGAUCGUCUGUGGUGGCAACACGCCUGAUGCAUUCAAGUUUUCAGAGUUACCGCCAAGAAAAUUCUUCCCUGCAUUGAAAGACUGCGGAAGGUUAAGUCUCACGAAACAAGGAGCUCAAUGGGAGAAAGAGGAUAUGCCAUCGCCACGAGUCAUGGGCGACUUGCUUCUUCUUCCGACAGGAGAUAUACUCAUAAUCAACGGUGCACAGGCAGGUACUUCAGCAUGGGAUGCUGCAGAAACUCCAAAUCUCACGCCUGUACUCUACAGUCCCAACAAGAAUAAGGGUGAAAGAUUUAAGGAAUUAACACCAACAACCAUUCCUCGCAUGUACCAUUCAUCUUCUGCAGUUUUACCCGAUGGACAAAUCCUCGUAGCCGGAAGCAACACAAACGAUUACUAUAAAUUCAACAAAAAGGACAAUCCUGAAAUGAUUUAUCCUACUGAAUUGAAAGUCGAGAAAUUCUCGCCGCCAUAUUUGGCUCCCGAGCUUCAACAAUAUAGACCGAAGAUAUUGGAGUUCUUUUCAGACAAAAAACUCAAGUAUGGACGUGAGUUCAAUGUGCGGAUCAGAUUAGAUGCCCAAAUCGAUCAGUCUGAUAUUAAGGUGACUAUGUACUCACCACCAUUCACCACCCAUGGGUACUCCCAAAACCAGAGAUUGCUUAUUUUGGGGCUCAAGCAAGUGACAAACCAACUAAUCAGUGUCGUUGCACCACCAUCGGGGAAGCUUGCUCCUCCAGGCUACUAUCUUCUCUUCGUUGUCCAUCAUGGUGUGCCAAGCCGCGGAAUGUGGGUGCACAUCGAGUAA